CCCCCCCCCCCCGCCAUGGAGCUUCCGACGGUCCCACCCGCCCGGAGCCGGAGCUGAGCCCGGAGCCACCGCAGCCGCCUGCGGAUGAUGGGUACGACGGCCAGCGCGGCGCAGCAGGGACUCUCGGCGUCCUCCCCGGAGACUGGGGCACCAGGAGCCAUGGAAGACCAGCAUUCCCUCAGCAUCCACUCCUUCCAGACCUUGGGGCUCCACAACAGCAAGGCCAAGUCCAUCAUCACCAACAAAGUGGCACCCGUGGUCAUCACGUACAACUGCAGGGAGGAAUUCCAGAUCCAUGAUGACCUGCUGAAGGCCAACUACACGGUGGGACGUAUUUCUGAGGCCACCCUGGAACACUACCUGGUGCAGGGGAAAUAUUUCCUGGUCAGGGAUGUGUAUGGCAAGCUGGAUGUCUUGAACACCACCAGCAGCUGCGGGGCUCCCAACUUCCGACAGGCCAAAGGAGGUUACCCCGUGUUUGGGAUGGGACAACCCAGCCUCAACGGCUUCCAGCUGCUCCUGCAGAAGCUCCAGAGAGAGGGCCACAAGGAGUGUGUCUUCUUCUGCGUCCGCGAGGAGCCCGUGGUCUUCCUGAGGGUGGAGGGGGACUUUGUGUCCUACACCCCCCGGGGCAAGGAGAACCUGCACGAGAACCUGCAGCAGGGGCUGCGGGCGGAGAGGCUGGAGCUGGCCAUCCGUAAGGAGAUCUACGACUUCGCCCAGCUGAGCGACAGCGUCUACUACGUCUACAACGACCUCGAGCGGCUGCGGGACGAGCCCCACGCCGUGCGGGUGCAGAGCGAGGAGGACAUCCAGGUGAUGGAGGAGGUCUACUGCAGGCCCAUCUUCCUCCUGCCCUCCUACAGGUACCACCGGCUGCCCCUGCCCGCCGAGGGAGCCCCUUUGGAGGAGCAGUUUGAUGCGUUCAUCCAGUUCCUCAGGGAGAGCCCCAGCCUGUUGCUGCGGGACCCCAGCAGACCCCCUCCAGCCCUGCUCUUUGGCUGCCAGACUGGUGUGGGCAGGACCAACCUGGCCAUGGCCAUGGGGACCCUCCUUCUCCACCACCACCAUCACCACCACCACCGAGGAGCCUCCCAGAAGCCUGACCUCCCCCACCUGCCAAAAACCUCCCCCAGGGACAGGCUUCGGGUCAUCCAGACCUUCAUCGAGAUGGUCCCCAAAGGCCAGCAGAUCGUUGAGGAGGUGGAUGGUGCCAUCGCCUCCUGCUCGGAGAUGCACGACAUGAAAGAAGCCAUCUACGAGGACAAGAAGAAGCUGGAAGGGAUUGGGGAGGACUAUCAGAUCCAGGGCAGCAGCACCAAGGAGUAUUUCCUCCAGAGGACUUUGCAGAGCCUCCAACGCUACUUCUACUUGAUUGCCUUCAACUACUACCUUCACGAGCAGUACCCCCUGGGCUUUGCCCUCAGCUUCAGCAGGUGGAUGUGUCGGCACCCGGAGCUUUACCGGCUGCAGGCGGAGAUGAACUCCUCGGAGCUCACCCUCACCGGAGAGAUCCUCACCAAGGGGACACGGGUGCUGGUGGCAGAUGACUUCUUCUGCCCUGAUGUGCUGAGCACGGCCAAGGAGAUGAGCGUGGCCAACUUCCGACGGGUGCCCAAGAUGCCCGUCUAUGGGACAGCACAGCCCAGCUCCAAGACCCUGGGGAGCGUCCUGAGGUACCUGACGGACGCCAAGAGGAAACACGCCCGCAUCGCCUGGAUCAACCUCCGGGAGGAAGUGGUCCUGGAAGGGAACGAGCAGAUCUACACCCUGAGGGAACCUGGGCACCUGGAGGAGCUGAUCCCUGUGCCCACCACCUCGCCCCAGCAGCUGGAGAAGCUGGAAGCUACCCUAAAGGGUGACCUGCUGAAGUGCCAGAAGUGGCUGGAGGUCUACCUGGAGGCAGAGAAGCAGAUGAAGAUGUUCAAGAGUUGCCUGACCACCCAGGAGAUAUUCAGCCAGCAGAAGAACACCUACCAGGGGCUGACCUACCGUCGCAUCCCCAUCCCUGACUUCUGCUCUCCCAAGGAGCAGGACUUUGACCGGUUGCUGGAGGUGAUGAAGAGCACCCUGGCUGAGGACUCGCAGGCAGCUUUUGUCUUCAACUGCUCCAGUGGCCGGGGCAGGACCACCACAGCCAUGGUCAUUGCUGUCCUCACCCUCUGGCACUUCAACGGCAUGCCUGAGAUGAGUGAGGAGGAGAUUGUGAGUGUUCCUGAUGCCAAGUACACCAAAGGGGAGUUUGAGGUGGUGAUGAAGGUGGUCCAGCUCCUGCCUGAUGGUCACAGGAUGAAGAAGGAAGUGGACAUGGCCCUGGACACAGUCAGUGAGACCAUGACCCCCAUGCACUAUCACCUGAGGGAGAUCAUCAUCUGCACCUUCCGGCAGGGGAAGUCAGGCAAGGAUGAGAAGGAGAGGUGGACACUGCAGCUGAGGAGCCUGCAGUACCUGGAGCGCUACAUCUACCUGAUCCUCUUCAACUCCUACCUGCACCUGGAGAAGAAGGACUCCUGGCAGAGGCCCUUCAGCCUCUGGAUGCGUGAGGUGGCAGCAGUGGCUGGGAUCUAUGAGAUCCUGAACCAGCUGGGCUUCCCAGAGCUGGAGAGCCUGGAGGGCAAGUCCCUGUGCACCCUGCGGGGCCGGUGGCAGGCACAGGGGGUCACCUCCCGCCCCUUCCGCGGGGACUUCGGGUAAGGGGGGGGAAAGAAGCAAAAAAAAGACUGUUUCCCCCCCCAAAAAACCCCCAAGGGUGGGGGUGGGAGGGGGCAAAGCCCCCCUCAGCUGCCUUAGGAGGGGGGGGAAGAGUUUCUGGGGUUCUUU